AUGGCAAGUAGUAGCAAGCCACACAAUCUACGAAUCCUAUCGCUGGAUGGCGGCGGCAUCAAAGGUUAUACCACGCUCCUCAUCCUCCGAAGGCUCAUGCGAAAUCUUUCGCACGAGAUGGGUGAGACGGAAGCCGACGUCCGACCUUGUCAUAUCUUCGAUUUGAUAGUGGGCACUUCCACCAGCGGCCUCAUCGCAGUAAUGCUUGGACGGCUUCAGAUGACAGUUGACGAAUGCAUAAGUGCAUAUGAACAAGUCGGCCGACGCGUCUUUGGGAGACCUCCUGCGCUUGGUGCUGUGGGAAAAAUCGUCAAAGGCUUUGCCUCAUCUGCCUUUUACAGCGUCGAGGCGCUCCAGGCAGAGAUCAAAACAAUCUUAGGAGAUCGCAACUUCCCAGCCAGCACAUCAUUCCGUGUCGAUGGAAAACCGCCAUGCAAAGUGAUGCUGUGUGUCACAACAGCUACUGCCAAGCCUGAGGUACUCCGAAGUUAUACUGCGACUGCAUCCACUGCGGAAAAUUACGAUUGCACGAUUUGGGAAGCAGCCAGUGCAACUUCAGCUGCUCCAAUUUACUUCAAGCCUGUUCGUUUCGAGGCUGGCAAGCAUGAGUUCUCUGACGGAGGCCUCCAUUUCAACAAUCCUGUCAACGAGGCCCUCGCCGAGCUCAGCCGCGAUCCAGAAUUGAAAGGACGGAAAGUCGGAUGUCUUGUCAGUAUCGGCACCGGGUCGACCAAAAUCACUCCAGUCUCCAAAAAUCUUGCUUCGUUCUUGAAAAAGGCUGUGGAGAUGUUGACUGACUCCGAGCGCAUUGCCGAUGACUUCGCGCGGUCAUCGGUCGGCCGAGAACUGAGUGAUCAAGAUCGAUACUUUCGCUUCAAUGUACCACAGGGAAUGGAAGAUCUGCAGCUCGACGACUACAAGGCGACGGAGAGAAUGCAGGCACUCACGACUCUUUACCUUAGCAAAGCUGGCAGUGGGCGCGAGAUUGAGCGCUGUACCGCGUCGCUGAUGAAUCCUGACAGGUCCAUGGACGCACACAUUGGGAACAUCCCCUCAGUACUUCCGCGUCAAGCUCAUGAGCAUUUUGUUGAACGGCCAACCUACACGAAUCUGCUUCGGCGUUUCUUCCACGUGAAAUCAGACGCAGGGCAGGUGAAGUCUCAGAUCGCUCUGGACUUUGGCAACAUGGUCAAGACUUCCAUGCCUGUGUUCUGGGUGCGCGCAGACAUGCUCACCAACUUUGCCUCAGACUAUCGAACUAUCUCUGGUCGGCUAAGCCCAACGGAAGCAACGACCGAGUCGAUACCCAUGAUGCAGUCUUUGGAUCAUACCCGUCGGCAGCUCGAACAACUCAAACAUGAAUGCUUGCUGAUUCUCGAUAACGCUGACGACCUGGACGACUUCCUCAACCUCAGUGACGUCUCGACUGCAAUCAACACAUACAUUCCACGCAAUUGCCGGGUCCUCAUAACCACAAGAGAUCCUAGAUUCGUGGGCGGCUACGCUGCAGCGGACCACGGAGUACAGGUCAAGCCCAUGAGUCCCGAGGAAGCGGCAAGACUACUCUUCAAAUCCGUGCCUCGCCAUCUAGCACAGACCGUCACCGACGAAACCGCAGAAGAUGUGCAGGAGCUCUUAGAAGCCCUUGGGUGCUUGCCGUUAGCAGUCGCACAGGCUGCCGCCAACAUUCGUGACCAACAACUUUCAAUCUUACAAUACUCCCGGGCAUAUCGAGACAAGGAGCGUAGAAUGGGCCUGAUGAGGAUGCCAGUGAGAGAUCUCAGCAAUCCAGCUCCUCGUUCGGCCGCCCAAAGCAUUCUAGUCACCUGGGAGAUGUCCUUUGACGUACUGUCCAGGCGCGAUCCAUUGUCAGCGGCAUGCCUCAAUUACAUGGGCUUCUUCGACCACCGAGGCAUUCCUCACGGACUACUGAUGAGACUUCCUGAGUUCAUUGAGAUGGGUCCGGGGGAGGAGCAAAACGUCGUGUCUAGGCUUCUCCGAUUGUCACUUAUCGAAGAAGUCUACGGACACACCGAUAUUCGAGAGUACAACCUGCAUCCAGUAGUCCAUGAACGGAUACUGAAAAGGCUUAAACCACACGAGACUUCAAGGUACGGAAAAGAAGUUGCCCUCGUGCUUCGAGAAGUCUUCCCAGAGCCGGAUGACGCGAGUGAUCUUACUGGAACAGAUCUGAGUCUCGCCAGAUAUCUCUUCCGACACAAUCUGAGCUUCAUCCCGUCUGCAACGUCCUUCGGUGUGCGAUGCAUGCCACUGGUAUUUCUGAUGCAGCUCACCGCGGAUUUUCUCAGACAGCUUGGUUUCACAGGCAUGAGUGUAGAGCUGGCACGUCAGUGCAUGGACGAAGCACAGCACGUCUGGUCGGGAGAUGAUGUCAACAUUUUCUGGUGCCUCACCACCAAAAUGGACUGCCUCGCAGCGGACGCAGGAGACGCCUACUGCGACGAAAUACUUUCGGACUGCGACCUGGUUGGAGACUCCAUCCUAUCCAGCGAUCUUGCGAGGUCCCAGCUCUCCAACUCCGGGAUUGACAAGGUCUGGAUGCAACUACUGGACUUCAGAACCCAUUCGCUUUUCCACUUGGGUCUGUAUGAGGAACAGCUCUUUCUCUCGCAGCUCCAAUUAAUCCGGUUGGAGAGUGUGACUUCCGAAGAUUUCGAGAGGGCUAUAAGGUACAAACACGACAUCGCGAACCUGCUCAACCACUUUGGUAAGAUCGACGAGGCUGAAAUGCUCUGCGACAGUCUGCUGCUGGAACUCGAAGGGCCUAGGCAGGCAGAGAUACCAACAUACCUCAAAGUAUCAGUACUCCGGGGAAAGGCAGCAUGCCUAGAGCGUCGCUGGUAUAUGCAGGUCCCAUUGAUUCGUCCAACGCAUUCGACACAUUUGCAGAAUGCGAUGACUCUCUCACUGCGAGCUUGUCAACUUGCGAUGACAUUGGGAGUGUCAGAUAUCAUCGGAUGGGAUGCUGUUGGGGAAGGCUUCCUUUGGCUUGUGAGACUUAAUCGAGUUACUGAAGCCAUGGCAAUAGCCUCAGGGCCUCUCGAGCGAUUAGCCCAAGAAAAUGUUCACGCUGAGGGAGCCUUGUUCAGGCAAAUAGAGAACUUCCUGCUCGUUGUUAAGGGUACAGUGUCGCACCCACUGCUCGCGGAGAGCUCUGCUGGGACGUACCUGCUACGACUCGUGCAUGAUGCUUCAAAGCUACACGAGAUCAAUCUGGCACAGCUUGAUCAUACGGCGGACCCGUCGUUCUUCCAGCUGUUUGUGCAAGGUAUCGAAUGUGGCGAACUCGGGCGCCACCUUGCAGCUGAGGACGCGCAUCGAAAAGCGCUACAGUAUCUGGAUGGGCGCAAGAGUCUUUUGGGGCUUAUUCUACAUUACAAUAUUAUGUUGGCCAUCGCUCGACAGCCUGGACGAUUGGAGGAUGCACUGGAGUACAGACGCAGUCACCUGUCCGACAUUGAGCCCGCGGAACACAUCUAUGGCACCCUAGAAGCCUGUCUAGCACUUGAUGAAGCCGACCGAGCGGUCUACAGGCGAGCAAUUGAACAGCAGCACAGUCAGCGAGGUGGAACAUUGGUCUGGACCGACGCUGAAGCAGCUGGCCUUGCCCGAGCAAUCAAGCGGUAUGGGCCACUGGAGAACGGAGUAAUGCCUCCGGGACCUUCUGCGCAGGAGCCCACAUCUUCUCAUUCCUCGCGGAUUCGACUGCCAGAACGAAUUCGCAAAACAGUCCAGGGCAAAUCGAAACACCAACAAUAA